AUGGAUAUCGCAUACGACCACAUCCAGGAGGAGAUCCUCUCUUCUAACAAGGAAGGAGAAAAUUCUACUUCCAACGCCGGGAACUCGAACAUCAACCUCAACACCGAAUUUCAAGAGACCUUCCGUGCCUUCUCCGCCAGUCCAUGGGGUACUCGAAUUGGAGGACUCUGGGAUAAUGUUCGCAAGCAAGGCGAGACCUACUAUGAAGGCGCCCGACAGGAAUACGCAGCAGCAAGCGAGGAAGCAGUGAAGGGCUUCUCUGGUCUGAGGGAGACCAUUGUCGAUCGGACAAAGGGGCUCUCUCUCAGCACUGCAACAUUGACCGGCAGCGAAGGUUCGAAGGACGAGGCGGCCACACCAACCGCCAUUACAGAAGAAGGGGAGGCACAGGCCGCCGAAUCCAGCAGCGACGGCUUCAUUUCUCGUUUCAAGGCUGAAGCGGCUCGGCGACUCAAGGAAAUCGAAAAGGCCGAGGAGGCUGCUGAUGAGGCAAUCUUGCGCUUUGGUCAGAACAUCAGUCAAAGGUUACGUGAAGCUGUUAGCAUUGUUCCGCCUGAGACAGAUGAGUCGGGCAAGCUUUUAUUUGAGAGCAAGGAUGCGGAUGGCAAGCGGGUGAUUCAUGCGACUCGCUUUGAUGCGCAGCUGCAUGUAAUUCAUUCGAAUCUGGACAGCUUCACCAAGGAUCCGGCCAGUGAUAAAUUCCCAGAAUUCAAGGAAGACUUCAGCGUUGAUGGCAAAACAGAUGAGAUUGCUUCUCAUUUGGAGAAGUACCCUGAGCUGCGAACUGCUAUGGAAAAGCUUGUUCCCGAGACAGUGGAGUAUGUGGAGUUUUGGACACGGUACUAUUUCCUGCGCCUUGUCAUCGAAACCGAGGAACAGAAACGCAAGGAGCUAUUGAAGGGUGCCACAGCCGAUGACGAAGAGGUCGGUUGGGAUGACGACUCUGAUUCUGAAUCCGCCUCUCCUUCUACUCCCCAGGUUGGCCCCGGUGCUCAGAAUCUUGCCCCCAACAACGAAGCCCAGAAGGCCGAGCCUCGCCGAUCCAAUGACCAGCAAUCCCAAGCCGAUAGUGAGUCGAGUUACGACGUUGUAAGUGGCGCCGCUAGCCGGACCCCUGGUUCUCCCAAGGAAAAGAGCCCUACCACAGACUCAAAGGCAGAGGACAGUGACGAUGAUUGGGAGUAA